AUGAGUCGCAAAGGCGGUGAUUACCGCAGCGUUCCCGGCUCGCAGCAGCCGUCGAAGAACAUGCCUUCCUACAAACAAGUCACCUAUCAGCCGCCCGCUGCAAAUCGUCAAGCGUCGGCGUUCGAUCAAACUUCGGGAUCGUUCUCCAGUGGCGAUAGCGGCUCGUCUGUGCAGAAGCAACGCCUUUUGCCCACCGCCAGCUACCAGCCUCGCGUCACUCAGCAGGGUAUGAGGCCCACCGUCGCCAAUGCGCGCGCCAACACCUACGCAUCCUCCGAGUCUGCAAGUAGCUACAAGUACGCCAUGGGCGGUCCCGCUCAGCUCCUCACCAACGGUCCCGAAGAUGACGACGAUCUUCAUGACUGGAAGAAGGAGAGCCGCUCGCACGCCAUGUCGUGGCGUGGUGUCGCCAACGUCUUGACUCUGGUCUUCCUCGUCGUCGGUCUCGUCGCACUCUUUGCAGGUUAUCCCAUCAUCUCGCACUUUGAAAAGAAGGUCCAGACCAAGAGCGGCUUCAACAUCGGCGGCACCAAUGGAUCAGGUCAAGUUCCAGACCUUCCGCUGUUCAGCCUCGUCGACAAGGAUACGCCCUCGUCGGCAAUGACACGCACGUCGCCUUCCGAUGGCAAAUCGUACCACCUCGUCUUUUCCGACGAGUUCGAACAGGAAGGGCGUACCUUUUGGCCAGGAGAUGAUCCGUUCUGGGAAGCCAUGGAUCUGUACUACGGAGUCACCGGUGACUACGAGUACUACUCGCCGGAGGCCGUCAACACUACCGGUGGCGCACUGGUGAUGACCAUGACCCAGAAGCAGACGCACAACCUCAACUUCCAGUCCGGCAUGGUCCAGUCUUGGAACAAGUUCUGCUUCCAGGGAGGAUACAUCGAGUUCUCGAUGAAAAUGCCGGGUGGUCCCGCCACCUCGGGCUACUGGCCGGGUCUGUGGUUGAUGGGCAACUUGGGUCGUCCGGGGUACCCUGGUUCGACGGAUGGCAUGUGGCCCUACUCGUACGCUGGUUGUGAUGCUGGUAUCUUGCGCAACCAGACUUGGGUCAAUGGUACUGGUCCCGAAGGCGCCAUCCACUCGACAGGCACCUAUUCGGUCGGUGGUCAAGUUUCGUUCCUUUCCGGUAUGCGAUCCCCUUCCUGCACCUGUUCCGGCGAAGACCACCCUGGACCCAACGUCAACGUCGCGCGAUCGUCGCCAGAGCUCGACAUCCUCGAAGCGCAGAUUCAGAACCAUCAAGGCGUCUCGCACGGUUACGCAUCCCAGUCUUACCAGGUCGCACCCUUCGACCUGAGCUACGAGUGGAUCAACACCUCCGCUGCCGUCAAGAUCUGGGAUCCCGACGUCACUGUCAUCAACUCGUACAAAGGAAAUGUCUACCAGGAAGCCGUCUCCUCCCUCACUCAGAUCCCCGAUACCGGCUACGUCGACAGCAGCAACCAGUACCUCACAUACGGCGUUGAAUACCACCCGGACUGGAACGAAAACGGCGGUGGAUCGGUCACCUGGUACGUCGACGGCAAACCUUCUUGGUCCAUCAACGGAAAAUCCAUGCCCGCGAAUCCGCCCAUGGACAUCGGUAUCCGCACCAUCUCGGUCGAGCCUAUGUCGAUCAUCAUGAACUUGGGCAUGUCGCCGACGUUCCAGCGUGUCAACUUCGGAGCUGGAGGCGUCGAGUUCCCGGCAAAGAUGUCGGUCGACUACGUCAGGGUCUACCAGCUGGAUGGACAAGAUGACAAGAUCUCGUGCGACCCACCUGACCACCCUACUGCUCAGUACAUCGCUGAUCACAUGGAGCUUUACACGAACAACAAUCUGGUUCUGUCCAUUCCGCCAAGGCCAAAGCGAUCAGAGAAGGCCAUGACUAAGCUGCGCCUUCCGCAGACCAAGCUGAGCUUUCCGCCUCUGGAAGAGGCCGCAAACCUUGACUUUGAGAAAUGUCGCAGUGCGCUACGCCGAAGUUUAAAGCCGAGGUACGACGGAUGA